AAUUCCAGAAAGGAAAUUCUUCACUAGCAUUAGCAUGUUUGUUUCUUCAAAAAGAAAACUCUCCACAUUCAAUAAAAACUCCCUCCAAUAAGCGAGCACCUGAACCCACUGACAGAAUGAGGAAAUGCUCUGAGCUAGAAACUCUGAUCAAAUCAUAAAUGAACAGGGCAGCCCAGCAGGCAUGGAUUUAUCAAGGCAUACCACAAAGUUUCUACUUGGAUGUUUUUGAACAGGAAAAGAUUAUAUUUUCUUUGUCUGCUAAAGAAACUAUCAUAAUUCCAAGCCUUGGCAUCAUGAAUGGUUUUGAAAAUGUGGAGCUGAAUUUACUAUCUCUAACCAUUAUGCUACGUAGAAGAGCUUGUAAGAAUGACAAAGAAAGCCAUUUUUGUUGAGGGUGUUAAACCAAAACAAAAGAAUCUCUUCACACAGAGACUUAAACAACGGAAGAGAAGCUCCCUCCCUCUUCUUCAAAGUCUCAAUCCUCCAGGAAUCUGCUGCUUUUAUCCUCAACAACCUGAUGUACUAUGAAAAAACUUUAUGGGAAUGUUAAUUGAAUACAGUGGAGGUUACCAGGAAAGCUAUUCUACCAUAAGGAUCCCUGGAACGACUACUGUGAAGGAAGUACAGCUUCAUGAAUUAAACUAGAAAGUGUUCUCAAGUCAAUUUGUUUUCGAAAAAGUGAAUUCUUAUUGGAUUUUAGCAAGCACAACAGGUUCUCUCACAACUUUAAAUAAGGUUGCUGAAAACCAAACACUAAUCUGUGUCCAAACGUCUCUGCAACUUGACCAUGAUCAACGUAACUUGGAACUUCAUCCUAGUUUGGACAAAGAUAGGGCUGCUGCUCAAAAUGGCACCUCCUUCGGCCACUGCCAAGUCGUGCCCUUCGGUAUGCCGCUGUGACGCAGGUUUCAUUUACUGCAAUGAUCGAGACUUAACAUCAAUUCCCACCGGGAUUCCAGAGGACGCUACAACUCUUUACCUUCAGAACAAUCAAAUUAACAACGCUGGAAUUCCUUCCGAUUUAAAAACCUUGAUCAAAGUGGAAAGAAUUUAUUUGUACCACAACAGUUUGGAUGAAUUCCCUACCAACCUCCCAAAAUACAUCAAAGAAUUGCAUUUACAAGAAAAUAACAUAAGGACAAUUACUUAUGAUUCACUUUCACAAAUUCCUUAUCUAGAAGAAUUACAUCUGGAUGAUAAUUCUGUUUCCGCAGUUAGUAUUGAAGACGGAGCCUUCCGGGAUAAUAUAUACCUGAGACUUCUUUUUCUCUCUCGAAAUCACCUUAGUACCAUUCCCUGGGGUUUGCCUAAAACAAUAGAAGAGCUGCGCUUGGAUGAUAAUCGUAUUUCCACAAUUUCAGAGCUGUCCCUUCAAGACCUCACAAAUCUAAAACGACUAGUUUUAGAUGGAAAUCUCUUAAGUAAUCAUGGAUUAGGAGAGAAAGUGUUUGUGAACCUGGUCAAUCUAACAGAACUCUCAUUGGUUCGUAAUUCCCUCAUAGCUGCUCCAACAAAUUUGCCAGGCACAAAUCUGAGAAAACUGUAUCUGCAAGAAAACCAUAUAAAUCGUGUGCCACCUAAUGCUUUUGCAUACCUACGACAACUGUACCGACUCGAUAUGUCCAAUAACAAUCUCAGUAAUUUACCUCAGGGUGUCUUUGAUGACCUGGACAAUAUAACCCAAUUGUUUCUUCGCAACAACCCUUGGCAUUGUGGAUGCAAAAUGAAAUGGGUUCGUGACUGGUUGCAGACGCUGCCUGUCAGAGUGAAUGUACGUGGACUGAUGUGUCAAGCACCAGAAAAAGUGCGUGGGAUGGCUAUUAAGGACCUUAACACAGAGCUGUUUGACUGCAAAGGUGAGGAUAUUGUAAGCACUAUCCAAAUAACUGCUUCAAUACCAAACACUUUAUUCCCCAUGCAAGGGCACUGGCCAGUUUCUGUGACCAAAUCACCUGAAAUAAAGACUCCUAACCUACAUAAAAACUACAGAACAACAGUUACCCCGGUACAGGAAAUAAUUACCAUUGUUGUAAAGUCUGUAAGCACUGAAACGAUACAUAUUUCUUGGAGAGUUGCACUACCCAUGACUGCUUUAAGACUUAGUUGGCUCAAAAUGGGUCACAGUCCUGCCUUUGGAUCUAUAACCGAAACAAUAGUUACAGGAGACCGGAGUGACUAUCUGCUGACAGCGCUUGAGCCUGACUCACCAUACCGUGUCUGCAUGGUUCCCAUGGAAACCAGUAACAUCUAUCUAUUUGAUGAAACGCCUGUUUGUAUAGAAACUGAAACGGCACCCCUUAAAAUGUACAAUCCUACAACCACCCUAAAUCAUGAACAAGAGAAAGAACCGUACAAAAACUCUAGUUUGCCCUUAGCAGCUAUCAUUGGAGGUGCAGUGGCAUUAGCAGCUAUAGCACUGCUCGCGUUAGUUUGCUGGUACGUCCAUCGGCACGGGUCCUUGUUCUCAAGAAACUGUGCGUACAGCAAAGGCCGGAGGAGAAAAGACGAUUAUGCUGAAGCUGGGACUAAGAAGGACAAUUCCAUCUUAGAAAUCAGGGAGACUUCUUUUCAAAUGAUCUCUUUGAACAAUGAACAAGUAUCCAAGGAAGAGUUUGUAAUACACACUAUAUUCCCACCAAAUGGGAUGAAUAUAUACAAAAACAACCACAGUGAAAGCAGCAGUAACAGAAGCUACAGAGACAGUGGUAUCCCGGAUUCGGAUCACUCACAUUCAUGAUACUCAAGAAAAGGACGGACUUCAAAUGAUUUUUCUUAUAAAGAAAGGCAACUUUAAAGGUCGUAGUCUACCGCAGAACACUGGAAUAAAAGACUGAAUAAGCAAUGUAUUGUACAUUUGCCAUAUAAUUUAUAUUUAAGAACUUUUUAUUAAAAGUUUCAAAUUUCAGGUUACUGCUGCGAUUACUGUAGCAAGGAUGCCUGAAAACAAUUCUAUAUUUUAGUAUUUUUUAGUAAUUUGUACUGUAUUUUUCCUGGCUAAUAUUGAAAUUACAGACCAUUUAACUUUUUGUGUUCUACUGAGUAAGAUGACUUGUUGACUGUGAAAGUGAAUUCUCUUGCUGUGUUGAACAAUCAGGACUUUGCAUACAGUUGAGAUCCUUGUAAGUAUAAGCACAGGCCAUUUUCACUUUAGUACUUGUGAAAGGUUAAACCUGGCAAAUUGAGGAUAUUCAGAAGUGGCUGCAAAAUUGAUAAAAAUAUAACUCUGGGUAUUAAUUUAAAUCUAUAAACUUGACUAAAAUUCCAUAAGCCACGUGUGCAAAGUAAUGGGCAAUAUCAGUUUUUUUAGCUGCCUGUAACCAUGUUUAUAAGUAAAAUCAUUUAUCUGUUGGCAACGGCAACAGAUGGAUGAAACCUAAAUGAUAAUACAAGCACACUACCACCCCAAACAAAAAAAUGGAGGCUUAUUUUUUGACAGUUAAACUAAUACUUCUAUUCAUAAAACACAAAGACAGACAAUUCCAGGAUCUAAGAUUUCUUUCAACAUAUAAAUGAUCAAAACUAAAAGACUUCCCAACCAUUCUAGAGAAGAAUUUGUAUACCUGGCAAAAACAGAAGCUCUCGUCUUUUUCAUGUUGCUACAGCAAAGACCCAAUAUUCACUAAAAUAGUUCAAAAUGUACUUAACUGCAGUGGAGGAGGAGACUGUUGCCCAUUAUUCUUCCAGUUAUUUAGAAAUUCCUUAAUAAAAUGGAAGUGAAAAACUUU